AUGGCCAAAAAGGUCUUGUACGCAGUAGGGCUAUUGAUCAAAACCGUGCUGUUAUGCUGUACAGCUGCACAGCAAUGGGAGGCUACGGGCCAGCCGGAAGUUUCCAAAUUUGGGAUGAUGCUACAACGCCACAUCUUCAAGAGGAUCACGGGGGCAGGUCUUUCAGAUGUGUGCUUGCGGGGAUGCUAUGCUGACGUCAGAUGUCAAAGUUUCAACUAUGUGUUUACGCAAGACAUUUGUGAGCUGAGCAACCGAACCAAGGAGGCCAGACCAGAGGAUUAUGUUCCGAACCAUGAGAGAUUUUACUUUAAGCGAGAUUACAAACGAGGUUUGUAAAUUUUUUUACUGUCUUCUUCCCUUUAAAGACAUUUUCAGAGCGCAGAAUUUCAACCCAAAAUUAAGAAAUUGUGUCACAUCACUUUCCUUUAUUGCCUUAAGUCAAGUCGUCCUCAAAUUGAGUGUCCUCGCCACCAAGACGAACGUCAAAUCUUGCUCACUUGGAAUGCUAUGCUACUAUGAUUGCUUUUUCUUCCAGUCCCACUCGGUUCCAUUUCUGAGCUGCCAGCGGAGACUUGCCAGGAAAUCAAAAUGAGCGAAGGAGGUCAAGCGGUCAGCGGCAAAUACUGGUUUCACUCGAUUGUACCCGAGAGGACUGUUCUGGCUCCUUGUGACAUGAAAACCGAAGGUGAAUUUAAGUGUUUAUCAAUUCUCAUCUUCUACAGACAAAAGUCGUUUAACCACGAGCAAAAACGUUGACAGAGAUAUUAUGGGUAGACUGCAACCACCUGACCCCCAAUAUUCAUAGGGGGAAAUGAGAAAAUAAAGCAAAACAAAACAAAAUAAAAAUAGUAAGAUAUCUGACGGAAACAAAGCUAUGAAGGAAUGCCAUAAUCUCUCUUAAACUGAUCGAUUUGAGAACAGGUCAAAUAGAAUUGAAAAAUUUCUUUUUUGACACAGAGAUAAUCAUUCAAUAGCAAAUUGUUAUCACAACUUUAUAAUGAUGAAAUUUAACGAAUAAGGAAGGGGAAAUUUUACUUCCUGAUGGGGUCGUACAAAGUAAAAUUUUGGCUCCCGCCGGAAGCAAUUGGUCUGAUGAAUCCAUGAAUGAGUAAUAAUUCAGCAAAUACCUUUUUUUUUUUAAACUGACCACAAACUAUUUAAUUUUUUCAGACGUGGAUGAGUGUAAUUCAACAAUUCCCGUGUGUGACACCAACGCCGAGUGCGCGAACACCAUCGGUUCUCACAGUUGCUCGUGCAAAGCUGAUUUUACUGGAAACGGAAAAAAAUGUGUCGGUAAGUUAGUGAAAUGACUUUUACUAUUGCCUGAAGCAAGUCAUUUUAAAACAAAGCAAAACCAAAACAAUCCCGGCUUAAUCUGGACACUCGAUUAAAAAAAAUUGCUUUAGUAACCGAUUUGAAUUAUACCCCACACCAUGUCACGUUCAAUUGCUUAUACGGCGAGACGCUUUCGCCAAUAACAGUCAUUUUCGAUCGACUCUUGCUCUUGAGUUCAAGCCAUUUAGUUUUUUAUGCAUUCUCUCAGAUGUCGACGAAUGUGCCAAUAAAUCGCAUGACUGUGAUGCCAAUGCCUCCUGCAACAAUACCGCUGGUUCCUAUCGAUGCAUCUGCAAUUCCUGGUACCAAGGAAACGGAACAAGCUGCUAUUUUCGUGAGUUUCACUAACAUUGAGAUACGAGUGACCUCAGUUGGUUAUGAUGCUCGUAUUUCGCAUUCUCUAUCUUUCUGUAUCGUCAUAUGAAGCUUACAAUUUUGGAAAUAUAUUUUAACAUGAGUCGGUCCUGAAUCGAGACCAAGAUGGAAUUCGUCCUGAAAACGGGCUGCAUUAUGACCCCUUACUCCUUAGCACCAGUACAGAUAUUCUCCUCGCUGUUCUCUAUGCAUACCGUGUGGUGCUGCCAAGGGGAUUUGUUUGACAAUCAAGAGCUUCAUAACUUGGUGAUUAUUUCCUUUAUUCCCAUGUUUCUAAUGUUUGGUUCAGCGGUAAUACGGUGAGGAGAAAUUAAAUGCCAAACCCUCUUAGGGGUUAAAGGGUUGAAGAAUACGUCUCACUUGGCGCCUAACUUACCAUCCCCCCCCUUAAAAAAGAAACAGUUUCAUUGAUCUUUACAGUUUGUUGCUUACAACUAUGUCGAACUUUCUAUCGUGAUCAGCCAAAUCACUCAGAACUUUUUCCAUAGUCAAAAAAGCUGCAGAAAUAUUAACGUGAGUUUUUUUGACUAAUUGAAAGUUUCAAAAUGCGAUUAAUUUUAGUAGCCAUUAUUCUCUUUGGUAAUUCCUCAAUAGGCAGGUACAACAACAGGAUAAUAGUACCCAAUGUAAAUAAGAUCCUUACCACCUGUUAAUAAGGUCGGACAGCACUUGCUUCGGUAGCAGCUGCUUUUUCGUGAGUUUAACUAACGUUGAGGCAUGAGCGACCUCAGUUUGUUUUGAUACUUGCAUUUCGCAUUCUCUAUCUUUCCUUAUCGUUAUGUGAAGCUUAUAAUCCUUUGGAAAUUAGCUCUCGAAUAUAUAUACUUUUUUAACAAGAGUCGGUCCUGAUACGGGACCAAGAUGGAAUUCGUCCUUUAUUCUCAUGAUCCUGUUGAUCAUGAUUUUGUUCGGCUGUAAUAGGGUAAGGAGGAAAUAAAAGCCAAUCCCUCUUAGGGGUUAAAGGGUUGAAUUGAAGAAUACAUCUCGCUUAGCGCCUUACUUACCCUCCCCCCCGCUUAAAAAAUAACAGAAUCAUUGAUCUUUGAAGUCUGCUUCUCACAACUAUGUCGAACUUUCUGACUUGAUCAACCUUAAUUAUUUUUUUUUCAUUAUUAUCAUGUUUUUAUCUCGUGGUUUCCUUUAAUUCUAAGAAAACAUUGAUUGGUGCAAACAACGAGGCGAGAUAUAAUAACGUGUACUGGGUUUAGAAAUCUGAAAUGUCACACAAACACGCUUUCAUUGUGUUAACACGUCUGAAAGGGAGACAACGUUUCCAUAAGUGUACCUCUAGUUCACACGGGGUUGGAAAUACACGUUGUGCCUCAGAUUGAUGUGCGUCACACAACGGUUGUCACGCUGUAAUUCGUAAAAAUGAAAAAGCGAAAUGUAGACAUUACCACCACCAAGAUGACGAAUGCAACAUAACGUGAAAACGGUCGGUAGGGCAAUCCUUACCUUUUCUCCCUUUUUCGGUUUUUCGUAUAGGUGGCCUUAAUAAUUCCGUUAUUCUUACCAGCCUCGACUACACCAACUACACAGGUAAGCUACUUUCCUACCUAGAGCCAGUCCUCCUGAGUUCAGAGUGGAGCAGGUUUGUGAAGUGUUGGCAUGCUAAGACAGAAGGCUGGGCGGCAUCGACAUUCCACAGCAACUGUGAUGGGAGGGGACCCACAGUAACAAUCAUCAAAGCGAACGAUUCCAUAUUUGGUGGAUAUACUGAUGUGUCCUGGGGACUAAGCGGUGAGUACGUUUUUGAAUAAUAAAAUUUAUAUCACUUUUGUAUCAUACAGUAACAUUUGAUAAAUUUAGGAUCUAAAUAUAUUUUAUUUCUAAACUGCACUUAAUAAGCGUCCCAAAGCCAAAACCAAGGUCAUUAAAACGGACCAGUCAAAACAAAGAACAAGAACAAAAGCUGCGCGAGGCGCGAGAAAAACGCCAUAUACCAAGUCACACCUGGUAUAAGACUGAUUGACGUAUCUCAGUGCCUAUAUCAGAAGCCCCUCUUCUCUCCCCCCCCUUAGGAUCUCUUGGUGCGUGGUAAUGUUUCUAUACGGCUCCACUAUAACCCUCCAAGUUGCUCACGCCAAUAAGACUCUCAUAAUGGCUGGUUAACCGCCAUAGCGAGCUUAUAGAAGCUUCAAAAUUGGCUGCAGCCGUACCCACCUUUAUUAACUUACACUUGACCACUCCUUCGUAGAUCAUCCCAUUUCUCUUUUUAAGUUUUGAAAGACCUGAAGGAAUUGUAGGAUGGUCUAACAACUGAUUAGUAGAGCUUACAGUGACUAUGUUCUUACAACGUCACCUGGUUUAUAUAGGUUCAUGUCGUUGCUCCUAUGCUCGGAAAGCUUUUCUCUUCUCCCUCAACAACAUCAAAGGAUACAAUCCUGUGAAGCUAACACAAUACCGAUACCAGCAUGACGCAAUGUGCAGUUGUUCCCGUUACGGACCCAUUUUUGGUUGGGGACGUGACAUCAUCAUAUAUAACGACGCUGUAAACAAUCAAGGCUCUUAUACUGAAUGCGGUGGGACGUACAAAAACCCCACGGGUUAUUCAUCUGGAGACUGUAAAUUUUUCACAGGAGCAUUUCGUUUUACUCCAUCCGACAUUGAAGUUUUCUUCGAAAUCGGUAAUUACUGUACAGAAACACUUAAAACCCUGUCGUAAAUAUACGAUGAAUAAAUAUACAUAAACUCUAAUCCUUGGCAACGUUCAGAGAUUCUAAAAGUGCAUGCGCUGAUCAUAUACAGCAGCGAAAUACUAUUCAGGUUAUGGUGGCGGCAGUGCUAAGUGAAUUGUAUCUCAGUUCAGGGAUAUCAGUGCUCAUCGACUAAAUUAGGGAAAAAAUUGAUCUAGAUGCCAUGUUUUGCCAUGAAAUUGAAUCGCUAAGUCGGGCUAAAGCAGACAGUUUAACCUAGCUAAACUGAACUUUUGGUUUUUGCUUUUGGUUUCCCAGUUUUACACCCACUUAAGAAAAUGUGUUCUCGUGAAAUUUAGUUGAUGUGUUUACAAAAUAAAUGUACAAGGAAAUAUUUAAGUUUAAAUGGGAUAACAUGGUUAGCACCUCGCCCUGUGAAUAAGAAGAUCAGGGGCUCUAAUUCUUUUGAAAUACUUUCACGGUUGUGAAAGACGAAUAACAUCUUUCUUUAUUCUAGAACGUCUGUGAUGGAAAUUUACAUUCAAGUUUCUUUUACGCACAUAGGUGGCUUUGGUGCAUCUACUAUACUUGGAGGCCUGGACCCCAAUGAAUACUUGGGAAAGAUGAUUUCAUUUUUAGACCCAGUUCUUCCCAGUGCAUCCCGUACUGACUUUAUUAAGUGUUGGCAUGCUAAGACUGACGGCUGGGCGGCAUCGAAAUUCCACAGCAAAUGCGAUGGGAGGGGACCCACAGUGACAAUCAUCAAAAUGAACGAUUCCAUAUUUGGUGGAUAUACUGAUGUGUCCUGGAGCGGAGGCAGGCAUAUCAAAUUUUUUAAGAAGGGUCAAGACAGUUAUAUAGGAUCAACUAUCCUUCCUCUCCGUCCUUUAAGGAUUUAAGGGGGGGGGGUGGAGAGGGUCCUGGAGGAAAUAUUAAACGAUGCUCCUUUGAUACUAGCUCUAAGCCUUUAUUUUUUCAUAUUAGUGUUUUGGCCAUCAAGAUUUCUUCACACCUAUAUUGUCUAUAGGGUUAUAGCGGGUUUCGCCCAUAACGAGUUUCGCACAUAUCGUUUCGCCCAGAACGAGAAUGGUUUCGCCCAGAACAAUAAAGGUUUCGCCCAUAAGUAAAACUUCUACACUCUCACUCGGAAAACGUCAACCUUAUAAACGUUUGUAUGCACAUAAUGAAGAAAAGUGACUUGACCUGAGAUCAUGAAAUUUUGAAACGAACAAGUUACUGUUGAAACGAACAAGUCAAUUAUAGCUUUCACUGUGGAGCGGGGAUUGUUAAGGUAAUUCGCGCACGAAAUACUGCAGAGACGUUCGUUUGUCGUAAAAGCAUUGCUAUGAUUUUUUUGCAUCACUUUUCUUCUCGAGAAUUAAAUUAAACGCUUUUGAAAACACUUGCGCGUGGAACAUAUAAUCGUUGCAAAUCUUUUGUACACGGAAGAUAAGUUCCGCACGCCAGCUUAUGAAUACAUGUGAAUACGGUUUCGUGAAUACUAAAACAAAGGAAUCGAGAGUUAAAGAUUGUAUUUCUGACAUAGGUAACGGCAACAUAUAAUUGGAAAAGAGAUAGAAACUAGUCAAGUUCAUGAGUGCGCGCGCGUGGAAUAGCUUUACUACUCCCACGAAGCGUGCGGUACGAAAGCUUUAACUUAAAGGAAAUUACCGUCUUGCACAAAAAAUCUCAAUCAAACCUUAUCAAUAGAAUUUGAAAAGCUUACUCUUGCAAAAAUAUCUCACCUGUUCGCUUAUCAAUAGAUUUUCACUCUUGCAAAAAAAUCUCACCUUUUCACUAGUCAAUAGAAUUUGAAAAGAAUUCGUUCACUCCUGCCAAAAAAAAUUCGCGGUCCUAAUUACAAUUUGUUAACAAGUUUUAUAAGAUGUUGUUGUCCGCCUUUCUCAGUUGACAUGCCGACUAACAAUAAAAAAAUCUGCCCCUUAUUCCAGUAUAAAAGGGGUUAAUACCGAUCACGAGAGUCAUUCGAUCAUAGAUCGCCAUACAAACCCGCCAUACUAAAUUUCUCGUGUCUCGUCCAAAAAAAUGUGUUCAAACGACUGUUGUAUAACUUGCAAACAACCUGUGCGACCCAGACAAGAAGGUCAGGCCCCGCGCUACGUCCGCCAUUACAAAAGUCGUGUAUGAACAUUGUAUGAACAGAAAACAAAAGCCCGGUUACCGGGCUCAUCUAAAGCAUAUGUCUAAAGAGGCCCUUAGCCUGGAUAAUCACUGACUGUCAGUCUGGGCGAAUCGAAUUUAUGCCUGGGCGAAACCAUUCUCGUUAUGGGCGAAACGCUUCUUGGGCGAAACUCGUUAUGGGCGAAACCCGCGGAUACCGUCUAUAGAAAUGUUUUCUAUGUGAUACACCUGCAGAACAACAUUACAUCCUAAAACAUUUGCUUCAAGUCUCAAAAAUAUUUACGCGCUUUUCUCCAAAGUAACCCCUAAAAUCUUCCAUAAUUGUCUUUGGUACUCGUUUCUAUACCCAAACUAAUAAAAUAUCUUCCUCUCCUUCACAAAUCUCUAGUCUGAGAAAAAACUCUUCGUCUAGCUCAUGGUGGAAAAUAAACUCCCCACCCCUCUCCUUCCACAGGGGGUUUAUGUUUUCUUUGAGCUUUUUAAUGUACGACUACAUUGUUCUUCUAUUUCAGCUGGUUCUUGUGCAGGUCAUUCCUACGCCAGUAAAGCUUUCAUCUUCUCUCUCUAUAACGUUAAAGGAUACAAUCCCGUAAAGUUGACACAAUACCGAAAGUAUCAUUCCUUUUGGGAUUUAAGAGGAGGGGGGGGGAAAGGACGCUAGAGGAAACAUUAAACGAUGCUUCUUUGAUACUAGCUCUAAGCCUUUAUUAUUUCAUAUUAGUUUUUUGGCCAUCAAGAUUUCUUCACUCCUAUAUCGUCUAUAGAAAUGUUUCCUAUUUGAUACACCUGCAGAACAACAUUACAUCUUAACAUGUCUAGUAAUGACAACUCUUAGAACAAAGGGAUCUUUUCCUUUAAGUCUCAAAACAUUUACUCGCUUUUCUUCAGAAUAACCCCUCAAAUCUUUCAUAGUUCUUUUUGGUAUCCGUUUCAAUACCCAAACUAGUAAAAUAUCUCCCUCCCUUUCAUAAAUCUCUAGUCUGAAAAAAAAACUCCCCGUCUAGCUCAUGAUAGAAUAUGAACUGCCCCCCCCCCCUUCUCAGAGGGUUUAUGUUUUCUUCCAACUUUUUAAUGUACAACUACAUUGUUCUUCUAUUUCAGCUGGUUCUUGUGCAGGUUAUUCCUACGCCAGUAAAGCUUUCAUCUUCUCUCUCUAUAAUGUCAAAGGAUACAAUCCCGUAAAGUUGACACAAUACCGAUAUCAGCAAUAUGCAAUGUACAGAUGUAAUACGUAUGGACCCACCUUUGGUGGUCAUGAUAUCUACAUAUCCGACGGCUCUGGAAACAACCAAAACUCCUACACCAGAUGUGGUUCCACGUACACGACACCCUCAGGGUACUCUUAUGGUAACUGUGGCUUUUUUACAGGGGGGUCUCAUUUCUCUCCAACGGACGUCGAAGUAUUCUAUGAAGCAGGUAAUCAAGAAAAACACAUAAAUACUCAGUAGGGCCUGUGGCAAAAUCAAAUCGCGUAUUGUAGAAAUAUUCUCAGAAAGUUGUGUUGCUAGAGUACAGAUAGCUAACUUUUUUGUCAUUUUAAGGGUAUGUGUAGGCUUAUAAAGUCCUUUUGUAGUAUUCAUUUAAGUUCGUCACACAAUGCGUUGCAUGACGAGCCUGGCAGGAGUUUUGUCUGAGUUGCCGCGGGGGUUUGUGGGUAUUACAUUAAACGAAAUUGUUAAGGCCACUUGAAAGAACGGCUGAGUUAACAAAAAAAUUUCAGACAUGUUUUGAUGCUACUCUUGCUCAAAGAUUUUAAUGAAUGUAACCGAGACAUUACAAUUCAUAGACCCAAUCUUUCGACACUCCUGUCUAGUGCAUUCAUCAAGGGUGAUGAUGAAGACAUUAGACAGGAGUGUUGAAACGUUGGGUCUAUGAAUUGUAACUUUCCGGUUACAUUCAUUAAAUCUUUAAACCAGAGUAGCAUCAAACCAUGUCUGAUUGUCCACCUGGUUGCUUUGUGAACUUUAAAACAAAUUUCAUUCUCUCUGCCGCCUAAAAUACCGCCUGGUAGACAGGCUGGGGAUUUUCUAGCUUGCCGGAUCAGUAAUGUUAGAUUAUCAUAUCUGGCGGGCCAAACGAGGGGUGAUGAAAUUAUCCACUUUAGAUUCAAAGGCGACACCACCAAUCAAAGCUUUUGUUUCAUUUAUUUGGCCAACUGUAAUUUUUCCUUUUCUUUUCCCGCCUCAGGCCUCGGUUUGUCCGCCAUACUUCGAAGCCUUGAUUACAACCAGUACUUGAAGGUACUGUUUUCGUAUUUGGACCCAGUCCUUAUCAAUAAAGAACGUAGUAGGUUUGUGAGGUGUUGGCACGCAAAGACGGACGGUUGGGCAGCAUCAACAUUCCACAGUAACUGCGAUGGGAGGGGACCCACAGUGACUAUCAUCAAAGUUAACAGUUAUAUAUUUGGUGGAUACACUGACGUGUCCUGGACCAGUGGUGAGUAAAAAAAACAAGCAAACAUCUCUCACAUGUAGAACAGAUAACAAAUCGAUUAGUUGUGGACUUUUCUUGUAGCAGUGAGUUGAUCCUAGAAACAGAAAAUAUCACAUUAACAACUGAGAUACCAAAGUAGACAGACUCAUAAAUAGCCUGAAAGUGCGUUUGAAACGGGUUUUAACUUAAAUUCUUGUUUUGGAUUUGAUAUUUGAUUUUGAUUUGAUUUGAUUCUGACAGCUCCAUUUCGCGCCAUUUCUUCUUGUUUCGUUGUAUCCAUUAUUCAUAUUGGAGAGCUGAAACAAAGGAUAUUUAGUUAACACUCUCUUUAGAUCGUAAGCUGCCUUUGAAUAAAACUUCGGACCAUAUUUGAAAUGCUUUUUCUGAAAAUUGAAAAUAUGCUCUUAAGUUCCUUGAAAUUUUCUCUAACAAAUUGUUCAGUUCUAGUACGGCAAGUAAAAAAAAAAACAUUUUUAUGGUUAUCAUGAAUUCUGAUUUUAGAUAUAUGAAAUUCAUAUAUUUGCACUGCGGUGAAGAAACGAAAUUAAGAGAUCCUCGUAGCUGAGAACACUACUGAAACGAGUAGUUGAAAAUAGGACCUGAAAAAAAAUUCAGGCCCCUUCGGGCCCGUACCUCUGCGGUAUCACAAAGGUCAUGGGUUCAAAUCCCGUACAGGGCCUAUUUUCAACUACUCGUUUUAGUAGUGUUCUUAGCUGCGAGGAUCUCUUAGUUUCGAUCAUAAAUUUUAUUUCUCAUUCGCAGAGUUUCUAAUGCUCCUAAAUCUUUUCAUUUUAGGUUCUUGUGCUUAUUCUUCAGCCAGCAAAGCGUUUGUUUUCUCUCUUUACAACGUCAAAGGAUACAAUCCUGUGAAGCUGACACAAUACCGAUACCAGCAAUACGCAAUGUACAGAUGUUCCUCUCGCGGACCCACUUUUGGUUGGGCACAUGACAUCUACUUGCAUGACGACGCUGUAAACAAUCAGCACUGUUAUACUAGGUGCGGUGGCACGUACUCCAACCCCACGGGCUAUUCAGCUGGAGAUUGUAAAUUUUUCACAGGAGCAUCGAAUUUCACUCCAUCUGACAUCGAAGUUUUCUUCGAAAUAACAAACUAA